UUCACUUUGAUAUGGAUCAAAGCAUCAAAGCAUCAAAGCAGCAGCAGCUAAAAUGUUCUGGUUUAAGAAGUACUGGUGUUGUAGUGUCCCGUCUGAUGACGAGGAUGAGGAGCCACACAGACCCAAACCUGAGAAGAAGGAGAAGAAGAAGAAAUGGUGGCAGAGACGCAAAAAAAAGGAGAGGCAGGAGGAGAUGAAUGUUGAGGAGAAUCAGAUGAUAGGAAAUGAGGAAACUGCAAGGAUGAGUACACAGGUUCUGCAGGACCAGGGGCAGGAACCAGAGGUACAGGUGAUACAGAUGGAAGAGAAGAACCAGGCGGAGCAGAGCAUGAAGGAGAAGAACAUGGAGGAGAUGAACCCAGAAGAGCAGAACCUGGUUAUAGAAGGGAUUGAAGCAGAUCCACUUCAGGCUGUCGUUCUGGAGAAGAUCUUCAGGUCCUCUGAUGAAGUGGUGCAGCAGCAGAACGUCCAGGACGAGCACGUUCUGAUUGCUCCCACAUUCAUAAUCAAACCUGAAGACAGUAAGAGACUGAUGGAGACCACGGUGAAAAAUCAAGGCGUGUCCAUGCCCGCUGGUGCUCCCGUCCCCCCGGUCUACAUGCUGAAGAUGAAGAGAACGAGCCGCUGGACCGUGCGCCCUGUACUGGUGCUGCCGUCUUCAAAAUACGUCUCAUCGGCUCUGCUGUGUUCUGCAGCGCUGUGGCGUCCUUCAGAACGUCCUCGCUCCACAGGGAUCGUUCCUCCUGAUCAUCUGGAGAAGAACCUCCAAACGACACGAUGAGCACCAGAAACUUUUCCUUCAUCAAAAUAAAA